UGUGAAGUUUGUCUCAGCAUGGCGUUCAUACGGAGACUCAGCACUGUUUUUGUGCUCACCGUGUUCUGCUGCAGUAAAAUGUCCACACAAGAGAAGGUGCUGACCUGUGACCUUCAGGACCCGGCACAGAGGCUGAACUGCUACCGUGGUUUGAUUGUUGUGCAGAAUGUGGCGGUGAGUCACAGAGAGACUGAGGUUUGCGUCAGCGGAGUUCCACCAAAACAUCUGGAAGCUCCGCUCUGCUCACAGACUCCUGUCCUCAACAUCGUCAAGAAGAGAUGUAACGGUCAUCACAGGUGUAGAGUCCGGAUGGAUUCGUGUCAUGCAGCCAAACCGUGCUUGACCAGGUGUGCUUGGAUGGAGACCACAUACACCUGUGAGGCUGGAAGAAUCCAUUACGUCUGUCAGAAAAGGAGGACGACACUUCACUGUGGGACUAAGGUGAUUAAAGUGUUGAUGGCUAACUAUGGCAGAACCAGUAAGAGGGUGUGCAGGUACCGCGCCCCUCGCAGACAGCCGCCCAGCACCACCUGUAGACUGUCCAACACUCUGCAGGUGAUGGCCGACAGAUGUGAUGGUAAACACGUUUGCUCGGUUCGAGCCUCAAACCUCGUCUUCUCCAAUCCCUGCCCCGGGACCCGGAAGUACUUGAAGUACUCGUACACUUGCGUAGAUCCUGAGCAGCCAGCGGUGUUUCAGACUGUUUUGCCACUCAUCCCGACAGAGCAGUCUGGUCACACUAUAAGUGAUGAGCUUGAGAUUAAACCCACCUACACAGCCUGCAAUCAGGCCCAAAACAGUCUGGCUGUAGACGGCUCAGGUGCACACCCUUGCAGACCACAAUGUGGAGGGGGCGCCAUCAUGAUCUGGGGUGCUUUAUCCUUCAAUGACACAAUGGAGCUUCAGGUCGCGCAGGAGUGUCAAACAGCGGCUGGCUAUGUGGAGAUGUUGCAGCGGGCGUCCCUCAUGACUGACGGCCCUCGUCUGUGUGGUCAGGUAUGCUGGUUCCUGUACCGCUCUGGCCUCCUGAUGGCCAUCCAGGCCCAUGCCCCAUCUCUCCAAUUACCCUUCCAGCUGCGCCCUCCUCAUGGCACACAGUCGCCCCUGGUGUCUAAACCAGCCCACCGUGCCCUGGGCACCCAGUAUGUGGAGAGCUGGAUCAGCGUUCCAGGUUUCCUGGGCACGUCAGCAUUAGACACAUGGUCUUACCAACAAUACCCAAAGACGAGCUGGAGAGAAAAUGUCACAAUCCAGGCCUCACAGGACUAUAGUAAGGCCAGGAGGACCUAA